ACUUAUAAUUGUUCUGUUCAGGACGUUGUAGAUUUAGUGUUUAAUCCUCUACGUUCUGUGAUCAGCCAAAAUCGGCGGCGUUACACCGAAGAUGAUAUAACCGAUCGAAUAAUUGCUAUGGGAUAUCCUGCAAGAAGUAUAGAGCGUUUGUAUCGCAACAGUAUGUAUCACACAGUGAAAUUUUUGGAACGCCAUCACGCUGGCCACUAUAAAGUUUUUAAUUUACGAGGAAAUUAUUUCUACAAAGUGGAAAAAUUUCAUGGUCGAGUUGGAUUAUAUCACAUGAAGGACCAUCAACCACCGCGACUUGAUCUCAUGGAUCCUUUUUGUAAGGAGGUAAGUGGUCCAAAUCUCUUUGAAUUUCUAUCAUUUUUCACUGUGGCUUCACUCAUUUUCCGUUUCUUACAGGGGCGUACUGGGGUAAUGAUCUGCGCUUACCUCGUAUCGAUAAAGUUUUAUGAAGAGCCGCGUCAAGUAAUGGAUUACUACUCAAUCGUAAGGACGGUUAACAACAAGGGUGUGACGAUACCAUCGCAACGACGCUAUAUCUAUUAUUACGCACAAAUGCUCAAAUACGGUCUGACGUACACCCCACUGCGGAUUGAGCUUGUUGGCGUCUAUGUUGAACGACCUCCACAACCCGCAGUGGUGCUGUUUUGCCUAUGUGUAUUCAUUUUUUUCCUAUUUGUACAAUUUCUGUUUAGGAUUGAUGAAGAGAGGUUAUGGUCAGGAAAGGUACCAUUUGGUGAGGAUAGCUACGAUCCAUCUUCGGAUUCUUUUGAUGUCAACAACACGUGUGUUUCAAGGUUUGCAUACUCCAGAUAUCUUGUCAGAUCUGUGAUAGGAUAUUUUAAGUUUUUGUUUUGUCACUUAAUUUUUUAA